UCCUUCCUUCCCCUUCUUCCCCUCAUUCUUUCUGUCUCUCUUUCUCUCUCUCCCCGUUUCUCUAUGAUUUGGCCUCUCAUUCUCUGGAAAUUAAAUGAUGGUAGGUCUGAAGUUCUAGCAAAAGAUUUAAUGUACAAAAGUAUUUUUAGAUAUUCAGCUGUACGGGCAUUAUUGUUUUACCUCCUUGGCUUUAUUCAUCAGUUUUGGACAUGACAGCAUUUAAAAGGUUAAUGCCCAUUUUCAUGGCUCUUGGUUGCCUCAUUGGUCAUGGAACGACACAGCAACAAUGCUCAAAUGGGUUUGAGAUGGAUCGUUCGUCAGGCCAAUGCUUAGAUGUUGAUGAAUGUCGCACUAUUGCUGAGGCCUGUAGAGGAGAUAUGGUGUGUGUCAACCAAAACGGGGGCUAUUUAUGCAUUCCACGAACAAAUUCCAACCAGCGAUCCCCAUAUACAAAUCCUUACGGACCCAGUUUGUACCCACCACCUCCAGUUCCAGCUUCUGUUCCAAAUUAUCCUUCUGUUGGAAGAGCACCUGCCAUUUGUCGGUUUGGGUAUCGUAUGAAUGAAAACAACCAGUGUGUAGAUGUCGAUGAAUGUGCAACUGAAUCACAUCAAUGCAACCCUACCCAAAUCUGCAUCAACACUGAAGGAGGAUAUACUUGUUCCUGCACUGAAGGAUACUGGCUUUUAGAAGGCCAAUGCUUAGACAUAGAUGAAUGUCGCUAUGGAUACUGUCAGCAGCUCUGUGCCAAUGUAGCUGGCUCCUAUUCCUGUACCUGCAACCCAGGAUUUGUGCUAAAUGAAGAUGGGAGAUCGUGUCAAGAUGUGAAUGAAUGUACAAGUAGCAACCCAUGUGUACAAAACUGUAUGAACACCUAUGGCUCAUUCCUUUGUCGUUGUGAUCCUGGCUAUGAGUUGGAGACCGAUGGCAUCAGCUGUAGUGAUAUGGAUGAAUGCAGUUUCUCAGAAUUUCUCUGCCAGCAUGAAUGUGUUAAUCAGCCAGGGAGUUACUACUGUUUCUGCCCAUCUGGCUACGUUCUUGUUGAGGACACUCGAUGUCAGGAUGUUAAUGAAUGUGAAGUUGGGAAUCACACUUGUAACGUGCAGCAAACAUGUUUUAAUGUCCAAGGAGGAUUCAAAUGCCUAGACCCAGUAAGAUGCGAUGAUCCUUAUAUCCGGAUCAAUGAAAAUCAUUGUAUAUGUCCGACUGAAAACCCUAGCUGUAGAGACCAGCCAUUCACCAUCUUGUACAGAGACAUGGAUGUAUCAGGACGUACUGUGCCCGCUGAUGUAUUUCAGAUGCAAGCAACCUCUCGCUAUCCUGGUGCUUAUUACAUCUUUCAGAUUAAAUCAGGAAAUGAAGGCAGAGAAUUCUAUAUGCGGCAAACUGGACCUAUCAGUGCCACUCUUGUGAUGACCCGUCCUCUGAAGGGGCCACGUGAUAUGGUGCUGGACCUGGAGAUGGUCACGGUUAACACCGUCAUCAAUUUCAGAGGAAGUUCUGUCAUUCGACUGAGGAUUUAUGUAUCACAAUAUCCCUUCUAAACCUAGACGGGCAUUGCUUUUUUUAAAACUACCACAGCAGCAGCUGAAAAUGGACCCUUUUCUGCCUAAACAUUUUUUUUUCUCAGGAGUCAAUUCUUCUAACAAUCCAACCUGAUAUUAGUAUUAAAACAUGUUACAAUGGUUCAUAUUACAAUAACUGGACAAUACCUCUUGUGGUUUAAAGACACCUGUGCUUUGAAUUAUCAGUGGAUUCCAUAGAGUUAUUUUAUUUUAUUUUGCUCAUGAGUGUUUAGAUACUUUGGUCUUCCUUUCCAAACUUUUUCUAAAGUGUGAUUAAAAGCUUUAAAAACUGUGAAGAUUUUCACUGUAAUGGCAACGCUGUUUAGCCAAGACACUAGAGAAACUGGGAAAAGUUAGCUUCUACUGUUCUGUUUUCUAAAAAUGAAAGAAAAACAAGUAAAAAUGCUUGUGGGACCAGGAAAGCAUCAGCUGCUCUCUCUCUCUCUCUCAAAGAAAAUGGAAUACUCUUACAUUCUGAAGCUUGGGUCUGAUUCAGGGGGAAUAAUUCCUUAUAGGCUUUGCUUUAUACUUUUCCCCUUUCUUACUUCUGAGCCAGGGAAUUGACUGCCUGGAGAUCUUAACUAGAAUCUAAACCAACCACAGCUAUUACGACUGCUUAAGAGAACUUUGUGCUCCUACUUCUAUACCCACUUACACUCUAGUUCUUAAAAUGGAAAUAAUUUUCAAAAACAGCUUUUUCAAACAACAUAGAUGGCAUGUCAAGCUUAAUUGUCAACUUUAACAGAUUUUUUAAAAAAUCACUUCAGGCACACAUAAAAUAAUUCUUUGGCCAUUAUGGAUAGUACGCAUGUAACUUAAUGACAUACUUUAAAAUAUUUACUCAAAAAGAGGCUUAUCUUUUCAUUAUCUAUUCCAGGCUCAUUUCCUUAAUAGCCUCCAAGCAGCCCACUGCUGCGUAAUCAUAGCUCAAUAUGAAGUCAGCAGAAAAAAAUCCACAUUUACAGGUCAUUUUAGCAACUCUAACAUAAUUUUAUUAUGCUUAUUUUAUAUUACUCUUCUUUUUUUCUGCAUAAGAAAAGACUUGCAUCUGUAAUUCAAGAAAAAAGAUACCCAGGCUAGUAAUAAGGAUGGCUUAGUAAGAGAGUAUAUAAGUUCCUAGCUUAGUCCCCAUUCUUUCUAAUUAAAGACCUCAGGAAGUAGAAUGGCAAAACCUAAUGUAAUGCCUCAAGUAACAGCCACAGCCAUUCAAUUGACUAGUGGUUUGACCUUGAAAAAGAUCACUUUUUCUGCAUAUUAAAAAACUAGAUGUGCUGUAUUCAGUGACCUAUGUUCUAUAUACAGAUAGUCCUUGAUUAAUAGCCACCCAUUCAGCAACAGUUUUAAUUCAGCAAUUUAUGAAAGUUUUGAAUGGGGCAACUUACAGAUGGUCCUUAAAGUUGCACCUGUCGUGGCAUCUCGUGUGUGUGUGUGUCACAUGUUCACAAUUUGGGUGCUGGCCUGGGAAUGCAGUGGUUAGAAUACAGUAUUGCAGGCUAACUCUGCCCACAGUCUGGAGUUUGAGGUUGACUCAGCCUUCCAU